AUGGCUCAUCCAGGGCCAUGGGGAAAGCAAGCUACUUUUCAAAGCACAGCAGUGAAAACAAAAACUUCAAACAGCACCGCAGAGACACAAAAGAAGAACAUGGCGGUAAUGCUGCUGUGGUUCUGGCCUGAAAACAAGAAGUUUGAUUUGCAAAUCUGUGAGACACAUUUCGGGUUUGACAACUGCCAUCUCACAGAUAAUAAAUCCUUAUACUCCGAUGCUCAUGGAGUUUUAAUUUUUCACAGAGGCAUCCAGGAUGACCUCUCCAACCUUCCCACCUUACGUAGACCGAGGUUUCAGAGGUGGAUCUGGUUUAACCCAGACACACCUUCCAAUACGCGCAAGAUAGCAGGCAUUCAAGGCCUCUUUAAUCUAACUUUAAGCUACAGGCAGGAUGCAGACAUUCCGGCUCACUGGAAACUGUCUGCCAGGAAGAACACAGAUGAAAAGUUUAAACUCCCAAAGAAGGAACGCUUACUUUGUUGGAUUACUGGUAGCAGUGGCCCCCACGCAAAAUCAAGGGAGAGCUUCAACUACUACAGAGAGCUGGUAAAACACAUCAAGGUGGAUGUCUUUUACUCUGCAGAGUUCUCCAAAAGUGAGGACUAUUUCCUGACUAUCAGCAGCUGCAAGUUCUACAUUGCCUUCGAGGAAUCAAUCCACAGAGACUACAUUACAGAGACUUUUAAUGGACCUGUAGCAGCUGGUACCGUGCCGAUAGUUUUGGGCCCAUCGAGGCAAAACUAUGAAGAGUUCAUCCCGGGUACUGCCUUCAUACAUGUCAAUGACUUCAGGAGUGCCUCGAAACUGGCUGAGUUCCUCCUGAAGCUGGAUAAAGAUUAUAACAGUUAUAUUAGAUACUUUAAUUGGCGGCAUUUCUACAUCGCCAGACCCCAUCCUAUUGAGGAGAACUAUGAGUUUGCACAUGCUAUCUGCCAGGCUUGUAAUUUUCUGAGUGUAAACAAGGUUUACAGAGUAGUACCUGAUCUGAACAAAUGGUUCUUUAGGUGAUGUUUUUAUUGAUUUUCUGUCUUUGUAACUAUUCAUAGUUAAGUUGUAUUUGGAUGUAAAGGGAAAUGCUUUAAAUUGCCAGUAGCAGCAAUGCAAUGUUUGGCAUAACUUAUUGGGGGUUGAUCAUUAACACUGUCCUUUAAAGCUAUGUGAGAAACUGUCAUUUAGUAUUGAUUUUGGCAUC